GCCCUAAAGUCAAGAAAAAAAGAAAACUCUCUCUCUGCGUUGUUUCUGGAGGAGGAAGACAAAACCCUCAGAGAGUAAAAAGAAACAGCGUGAGUUCCGCUGCUACUGAUUGAUCGGAGAAAAUCGUGAAAUCCCCCUCAUCUUCUCGAUUCCCGGUUGAUAAAAAAACCCUUUCCGUCGGUAACAGUUUUCAGGGAGAGGCUUACCUCGAUGAACCUCUCUUCCAAUCUCUAGAUCAAUUUUGUGGGUUGGGUGUGAUGGGGAGUAGUGAUGAGCGAAACAGUCAGGCGAUUGAUGCCUCCGUUGGAGGUUUGGUUUGGGUCCGACGCCGUAACGGGUCCUGGUGGCCGGGUCGGAUCAUGGCCCAUCACGAGGUUCCUGACGGUACCAUCGUUUCUCCCAAAUCCGGCACUCCUAUUAAGCUCCUUGGUCGUGACGAUGCUGGCGUGGAUUGGUAUAAUCUUGAAAAGUCAAAGAGGGUGAAGGCGUUUCGUUGUGGGGAGUAUGAUGCUUGUAUUGAGACUGCUAAGGCUACUGCAUCUGGUAAGAAGCCUGUCAAGUAUGCUCGACGUGAAGACGCCAUUGUCCAUGCUCUCGAGAUUGAGAAUUCCCUCCUUGUAGGCAAAGUUGAUGAUGAUGAUGAUUUGUGUAUUGAGAAAGCAAGCACGUCUUCUGACUCCACUGAUGUGGCAAAUACAGAAGGUGCGUUGCAGACUAGUGUGUCUUGCAAAGAAACCAAUAAUGGGAAAGCUUCAAAGGUGCAGCCUUUAUCAGAAAAGAGGAGAAGAAGAACACCUAAUGAUCCGGAAGAUGAUGGGAGAGAAGGGAAUAAAAAACGAAUGAGAGGGCUUGAGGAUAUAGGAUCAAAAGGAAAGGGUAAGCAGGAAAAUGGAUUGGUAAGUGAGGAGGUAGACAUCAGUGGUUCUGUGCCGAAUGGGAUUCUUGCUAAUGGUAGUAGCUCUCCGUCAAUGAAAGGUAAAAGGUCGCCGGUUGUAAAUGCUAAUGACAACUCUAAAAAGAAAAACCAACGACGGCCACUGACAACAGUGUUAGAGAGUAGUACGGCUUUGGUGUCUGUUCCUGUUACCUGUGACGAACUUGUCAAUUCUGAUUGUUCGCCUCCUCUAGGGUCAUCUGAAAACAAAGUUUCUGCUGCUAUCGACAAUAAUAAGUUGGACAGCAAUGAGGUUUCAUGUGAGAACGGUGAUGUUUCUUUAAAUGCUUCUGAAAAUGUUGGUGAAGUGAUCCAUAUCAAGGCAAAAGAAAAUCUAUCAGUGUUGGCAAAGGAUGACUCAUCCAUUGAUGUUGAAGAAGAAAAACACUCUGCAGGUACUUCAGCGGCAGUUUUCACAUCUUCACCCGCGAAAGCUUUGGCUCUUGUUUCUUCACCAACGAGGCAAUGUGAUGAUGUGGUGAAGAUUGAAGGAUGUAAUGGAUCUGCUUGUUCAAGCCCAUCAGCUCCACUUAUCAAUGGGAUUGAGGAUAACACUUCAAAAUGGCAGCUAAAAGGGAAAAGGAACCCAAGGCAGAUGAGUAAAAAACAAGAAGAACGAAGAAUUGCUUACGCUGAAGAAGCCAACAACAACUCUUUGCCUCGUUAUUCUCUCUCCGAUCAAAAUCCACAUGGUCAUUUCAGCGUUAUGGGAAGAAACUCUCAACUGUAUGACGUGAAGAUAGAGGAAAAAGGCAGCUAUAAACCCAGAAAUGUCCCGAUGAUUUCCCUUAUGAGUAAACUGGAAGCUAUCGUCGGUCAUCCUUCAACGGUUGAAGUGCUUGGGGAUGGAUCGUGUGACCGCAUUUUGUGUAGUCAUAUCAAGUCAUAUGUUGUGCCAAUGGUUGCUGGUGAGGUGAAGCCAAAACCAUCAUGGAAAAACAAAUCCAAGAAAAAGAAACUAUACAUUCCUCCACAUAAAUCAUCAAAGUCAAAGAAAGCUUCUUCCCUAUCCAUAAAGACAAGGUGCCUCUCUGCUCUAACUGGCCAGAAGCUGACGGUAAUUAGUAAGAAGAAAGUGAUGACAGAGAAGACAAGAGAAGGGAUCGUCUCCUGCAUCCCUUUGAAAGUAGUUUUCAGUAGGAUAAACGAAGCAGUGAAAGGGUCGGGGAGGCAAAUGCAUAGAGCAUUGCCAUCUUCAGGCAAUAAUAAUACAUGAUGAGAUGAGUUUGGUCCUCCCUGGUUUGUUUUUCGCCUCUAUUUCUUGUCAUUUUUCUUUUUCUUUCUCGCCUCAGGUUUAAGAUGAAACUAGCCCGGUUUUAGUGAGUGCUGGAUUGGUUUUACUGUAUAGUACAGAGAUAUCUUAGUCCUUGUGAGACAGAAGGAGAGAAAAGAAUGUUGAAGUGGAUAUAUGUAUAUGUAAUUAUAUUAGCAAAUAGCAAUUGGUGGUGGGAGGUGUAAUAUUAGAAGAAACAAGAAAAAAAAACUCUGAUUAGGUGGAAGAAGACAUUGUUGCUCAUUUUACACAUGAUUGUUGUAACUCUUUAAAAGUUCUUGUCAAACUCAGAUGGAGAAAAACUCGUUAUAGCUCAUUGGUUCUUUUUAUCUCUGCAUUAUGUUCAG